AUGGCGGUGAGGUGGUGGUGGUGGUGUUGGUGUUGCUUCUCAGCUCUUCCUCUUUGUUUACUUGGUCUCUCCUCCACACCAAAGCGCAGCCAGCCCCUUCCACCAUCGCAACCAUUGCGGUUUGCCUCUCCUCCAACGACCCAGCCCAAGCCCCACCGGAGCCAAACUCCAGCACAGACUCCGGAUGAACACCGGAUCUGCUUCAACACCGAACCCGUUUCAACGCUCCUCUCCUUUCUGGUCUUUUGCCCCCCAUCUAGUUCCUCUAGCCCCCAUCUAACCCCCAUCUAUACCCCAUCUAGCCCCAUCUAG